AGAUAAACAUUAUCGUUUUCAGAUUAUGUCAAGUGUUAUGUUAUAUUAUGUAUUUUAUUUUAACAAAUCUGUAUCAGACGAAUCGAUCUACACAUUUACGACAUAAACACAUCGAAGAUCGAAUACUAAAUUGCCAUUUUGUCGAAGAUGUCAACUAAAUGUCUUAUAGCGAGCUUGGCCCUUCUAAUUAUCCAUACAUCGUCAGGUCAGCAAUGCCAAACACGGUCGUUCCAACGCUUGUGUGUCACCGAUGGCAAUUUUCUGGUGUUGGAAAACGAAAGGAUGUCAAUGACUAUUAACAAAACAAAGGGGCAGAUAAUUGAACUUUAUUAUAAUUCACCUCUCGAUAGUACCAUCAAAUCAACGAACUUGGUGGGAGGAGGCUCUAACUAUUACCUUGCCAAUAUUUAUGUCAACGACAAGAAUGCGACGGUUAGGCCUAAUGUAGGAAAUAUAGAAAUUACCCAGAAUGAUGAACUUAUAGACCUUGCAUUCACAAGCAACGACACAGGCAUUUGGCCAAUUAACUUCGAGUUUCACUUGGUCCUCCAAAAAAAUUCAUCCAUAUUUUACUACUACUCCAUUCAUAAGUAUUUGAGGGAUGGCUACACUGCAGAGCAACUAAGAUGGGCUAUAAGGGCGAAUAUGGACAUAUUUAAAUACUAUAAUGUCGACGGGAAGAGGGCGGGGACUUUGCCCCUACAGCGAGAUGUAAAAUCAGCCCAGAUUGUAUAUGAUUGGACCUACAUGUUCAAAGACGGAUCAGUUUAUUCAAAAUAUCAGCAAAUAUCAUCUAAUGAAGAUACAAACACUGUGUUCGGUAUUUAUGGCAAUCGCUUUGGGCUGUCUCUACUGCAGACGCACAAAGAUUGGGUCAGUGGCGGACCACUAAAGCAGGACCUGACUACACACACUGGAUAUUUGCUUCUUUUCCACGAACAUUCGGCACAUUACGGUACCCCAAAAUUGAUACCCACCAAGGGAUGGACCAAAGUGUACGGUCCGAUCGGACUCUACUUCAAUGAUGGCGAAAGUCUUUCUCAAAUGUAUUCUGACGCUCAGAGACAACUCAAAGAAGAGGAGAAAAAGUGGCCGUACCAGUUUGUCACCGCACCAGAGUACUAUGCACAAGGGAGAGGCAGUGUGUCGGGAGUACUUACAGUGGAUGGGUCGCCGAAUAAAGAGUGGACAUACCUUAUUCUAACCGAACCUCAUGUUGAUGAUCCACAGUUAGAGUCGGCAACUUACAUGUAUUCCGCUGUGGCAGGAAAAAAUGGUGAAUUCAAAAUACCAGCUGUGAGACCAGGCACAUACAAACUGCAAGUGAUAGCCAAGGGUGUGGUAGGAAAGUACAUUCAAGACAACAUUCGCGUGCAUCAAAAAGAGAACAGUGAUCUUGGCACAAUUGAUUGGAAGCAGGAGACGCAUGGCAAAUUACUCUGGCAGAUCGGUGUACCUGAUAGAAGUUCCGCAGAAUUUAAAUCGCCACCUGGUUUUCCUUCACCUAUCCCUAAUUUAGAAGAGUACCGCAAGUUUGGCACAUGGCUCAGCUAUUCCAAAACAUUUCCUAAUGAUCCAGACUUCACAGUAGGCAGCAGUGACCCGGCUGAAGACUGGUGCUAUUUCAUGCCUAUGAUCAAAACACCUGGCUUCCCUAAUCAGCUCAAACUGGUCAAUAUCACCCAAAAUGCGCAACCUACCAAUUGGAAGGUCAGAUUCGACUAUAGCGGGUCAACCAGAGGAAACGCCACACUGACCCUGGGAUUUGCUGCUAGGGUCAAAGCCGGUAUUCGUGCGCUGAUCAACGGUGAGGAGAUUCUUGAGGUGGUCGAUUUUGUCGGACCGCAAGGUGAUUCUGCGCUGUUUCGUCAUGCAGCGCAUGGUAUAUUCCGUCAGCAGAGUGUGACGUUCAAUCAGUCGCUAUUGAAGGAGAAGAACAUUCUGGAGUUCACACCCCCCGUUGCCGUAAGUCAAGAUGAUUUAGAUAAAAUGGUGAUGUGGGACUUCUUAAGAAUGGAAAUAAGUAAUUAACUGUGCUUUCAUAUGCUAU